GAAGAGUUCCGUCUGCGGCGUAGAUUCAGUCUCACCUCUUACCUGAGCCCUGGAUGUUUGUGUUUCAGAUCAACCAAUGGUGGAACAGUUUGAGUGAAGGUCAGAGGACGGUCACAGGGAUCAUUGCUGCUAACGCCAUCGUGUUCUGCUGCUGGAGAGUCCCGUCCCUGCAGCGCUUCAUGAUCCAGUACUUCACCUCCAACCCCGCCUCCAAGACGCUGUGCUCUCCGAUGCUUCUCUCCACAUUCAGCCACUUCUCUUUCUUCCACAUGGCUGCAAACAUGUACGUCCUCUGGAGCUUCUCCACCAGUGCUGUGUCCAUGCUCGGCAGGGAGCAGUUCCUCGCGGUCUACCUGUCUGCAGGUGUCUUUUCUACAUUUUUCAGUUACGCUGGUAAGAUUGUCACCGGGAGGUUCGGCCCGUCUCUGGGAGCGUCUGGAGCCAUCAUGACCGUCCUGGCGGCCGUUUGCACCAAAAUGCCAGAAGCUAAACUCGCCAUCAUCUUCCUUCCCAUGUUCACAUUCACAGCCGCUAACGCUCUGAAGGCCAUCGUUGCCAUGGAUACGGCGGGUCUGGUGCUCGGGUGGAGGUUUUUCGACCACGCUGCUCAUUUAGGAGGAGCCAUAUUUGGGAUCUGGUACAUCCUGUCUGGGCAUGAAUUGAUCUGGAAGAAUCGAGAACCUUUCGUCAAACUUUGGCACGACCUGAGAACUGGAGGAAGAGGAGGAGACGGAGGAGGCUCCGUGUGAGACGACGAGGACAGAAUAUAAAUGUAAAGUUGUAUAAAAUGUACAGACGUGCGAAGAAGAACUGCUUCCUGCUCCGACCAGCUGCCAAGGACCUGUGGUGAUGUCACGCAAACCAAAUCUGGAUUUAAAAUAACGACCUGCGUCCAUAUUUGUAUUUGUAUGAAACAUGGAUUCAGAUGUUAGUCGAUUUGUUUUCUUGUAGAGAAACGAACUUUAUUUAGUCUCCGCUAAGACAGAUGAUGAACUGAAAGAGAAAGAUCCCGUUUCACCAGCGCUCGUCUCUCGAUCUUCUCACUGGAAUCAGUCGUUGAACCAGUUCAUGUUUCGAAGUUGUCGAUCGAUCGGUGAGUUCAGGUUUCGAUGUUUUGUGUUCACAUAUGUAAAAACAUCAUUUGAAUAAAACAGUGGAGCUGUCGUCUGUCGACUUCACAGACGAUUCAGAUCAGAGACCGAG